AUGGAGGCCGGCGAGACAUGGAAUGUCUCCAUCGGAUGGCCUCCUCCACUUCCCUCUGCCACAGCUGUCGCCGCCGCGCCGACGACGACUCGAAGCGGCAUUCCGCUCAACUAUAUGGGCCUGUUUCUGAUCGUCAUUCCGUUGAUCACACUGCUCGGAAACUUGCUGGUAAGUACUGUCACGGCGAAAUAAGAUUCCUCAGUUUUCCUAUUCUUUCAAAGCCUUUCUCGACUGCGGCUCUCGCACGGAGCACGCUGGAGUUCUGCGCCUUUAAACACUGAGGGGGAUACGGUAGAUCAUGAUUUCGCACAGAAAAACUCAAGCAAAUGCGGUUCGAAAGUUACAAAAGCUCGCACUUGAAUCUGAAACAACGCUAAUGGAACUUCAAGUCGAGCGAACCUUCUUGUAACACCUGUAAUUCGCAUUGUAACAUUUUAAUUUCGGCAACUCCUUUAAAUUUAAAGGCACAGAACUCCUAUCGGUUAACUUCAUCUGCAAAAUUAGACCCCAGAGAUCACAAAAAGAGGGGUUACUGAGCAGAGCUCAUGAACUCUUACGGGGUGUCAAACCCGACAUCGCUGCAUUUGCGCUACAUUGCGAAAAAGCUUGGCGAAGUGUCAGCCUAAGGAAAAAUGUUCAAACUCCGUAUCGUCGCAACGGUUUUUUGAAUGACUACGCGCAGAAUUACGGUAGAACACGUUGGCGGUAAGCGCUAGGACACCCCGUACCUCUGAAAUGCCCCGAUUGUAGGGAAGGGCGUCAACUAAAUACACUUUCAGGUGAUAAUAUCGGUGCUUCGCUUCCGCGCCCUCCAAUCGGCCAUCAACUUUCUGAUCCUCGGCCUCGCGGUGGCGGAUCUUCUGGUAGCCAUCAUAGUGAUGCCGUAUGCAGUAUACGUCUAUGUAAGUGAUCAAUUAUGUCUCCCCUCCCGCCCGGCUCAUGCAGGUCCAAUCUGUGUUUUCCUGGAGUGACGUGUCUUCACAGAGAGAGAGAAAGAGAGAGAGAGAAAGACAUAAGCGACCAAGCAGUAAUUUGUUGAGUGUCUCAAGCUUUUCGGGCCCAAAGUCUCAAAGAUUUAUGGGCGUGGUUGCCACGUCGGCGCCUAGUACACAUAGUAACCAAAGUGUGUCGCGAACAAGUUUUGCAUAUACAUACAAAUGAAAAAGUGGGAAGUGGGGAAGAACAUGAGUUUUUUUUUUGAAAUGUAAUCCCCUGACAGCCAUCACAUAAAUCUAUUGACGGACGGAAAGAAAAAGAGAGAGAGAGAGAGUGCCAAAUACUUCUUUGUUAAGUUUGUUUAAGUUUGUGCCGAACUGACGUGGCGGGCGGGCGGGUGUCAAAUUAAGAAAAAGAAGUGAAGCGUCGAGACCUCAACGUCUUCAAGUUGAUUAAAAGAGGAUCAUAGAUCUACAUCGCAAACUGAGCGGUUCAUUCAGGUAACCAACGGGGACUGGUACCUCGGCAAUCUAAUGUGCGACAUCUACAUGGCGUCGGACGUCGGCUGCAGCACCGCCUCGAUCCUCUUGCUCGCCGUCAUCUCGUUCGAUCGGUACGUUGUUCGUGUUCAGUUCGUUGAUCAUGUUUUUCGGUGGCGCGCCGCCACGCAGUUUUCAAGUACGAAAAUUUGAUUUUGACAUGACCGCCUGCUCUCCGAGUGUGCAUGCGCGUGUGUGUGUGUGUGUGUGUGCAACAGAGAUGGGCUCUCGGCUCUUUAAUGUACUUGAGCGAGUUGAGGAAGUGUAUAGCGAGCAGAGGAGGUCAAAGUCUACGAGGAACUUUAAGAACAGAACACAAUUGAACUGUAUUGGUUUUGCAGAUACCGAGCAGUGUCGCUGCCGAUCCAGUACUCGAGACAGUCGCAGAAUGUGAAAAGGGUGUGGUACCUGAUUGCGGUCAUCUGGUUCGUCAGCCUUGGUCUGGCGAGUCCCAUGGUUUUUGGUGGGUUUUAAAAGUUUUGUGCUAGAAAUGUAGACAUUGAUGAGUUUCAUACAGAUAAGGCAAACAAAUUACGAUCAGUUUCUAGCUACUUGACGGCUUCUUACACGUUACUUGAAUGAAAACUGAAACGUCUUCUCAAAACUAUGUUUCCUAAAUACUAUCCAUUUUCCAGGCGUGAACGUGCGUCCACCCGAUGCAAACCCGUAUGAAUGCCGCUUCUACAAUGCAGAAUUCUCGAUUCUCAGCUCCAUGAUCUCGUUUGUAAUUCCUUGUUUUCUAGGUAUACUAUCAUCUCCCAACCCGCUCAUUUUUCAUUUGUUUCCAGUACUAUUCGUAUACAUUCGAAUCAUAAUCGCGCUGAAAAAGCGGGAGAAGGCGGCGAAGAUGCGUAGGGAGAAGAAUACGAUUGCGCACGGAUUGACGUGAGGAACAAAAAAUUGUCGUCUAGAAUAAGAUUGGUUGUUUGCAGAAUGAGGCCGAAUGAUGGCGGUGAGCAAGUGGAGGAAGAGGCUGCCGGCAGGAUAGUUGCAGGUCCAGGUACGACGAUCAUCAAGGCUCAAACCAAGCUUUUGUCCAUUCCAUUUCGAUUCCAUUACAUUUCAUUUUAUUCUACUUCAAACCAAACGCCAUAUGUGUUUUCCUUCUCUCCUCUUAGGAAUUAGAAAGCUUCCCUACCCUGUUUCAGAUUCAGUUUUCCUCACACUUUUCUGAUUUGACUUUUAUGAAACCCAGUCGGCUUCCAGUGGUGAAUGUGAUGAUGGCGGCGCUACCGUCGAUGACCCGCCGGAUGCGUCAGUUCGAGCGACACCGCCGCGCCAUCGAACUCGCAGGUGAAGAGGAGUGGGAGGAGGAGGAGGAGGAGAUGGACGAGUGUUGUGGCGACGUCGACGCCGCCGACGACGACGACUACGACGACGACGAGUAUCGUGCCGAUAAGGGGCAGGGCGCGGUCGAGGCGUCGGCGCCGCGCACCACCUCCAUGCUCCGGCGCAUCAUCAACGCGGCGUCCGUCGGGAGCAGCACGGCUUCUGGCGGCGCCGGCGUCGUGCCCGCCUUCUUCGCGCAGAACGUGUCGACCACCUCUCCUUCUUCCUCCUCGUGUGCUCGUGCGAUCGCAACUGAAACUGAAACCGAAAUCGCUUCUCCUCUUCCUCUUCCGAAGGCAUCCAGUGCUCGGCCACCACUUCCUAUACUCCUCCGUAUGUCUUCUUCUGACAGUCUUUUCUCUGUUCUUCGCCCACUUCUCACUAUCACUAUCACCGAGCACGCAACAAUAACGCAUGUAUGUAAUGGGAAUGCUGCGUGUAGCAUGUUUCCAGAAUGACCCACUUCUCCGAACAUCUCCUAACCCUCGUCUAUUUCAGAAGAACGAGAGUUUGGAAACAGCUCGACGCCGAGAUCGAGCAAUGAUUCGUUGUCGGAAAACGUGCACGUCGUCACCAAUGAUUUUGUGUCGGAGAAUUGCACAACAAUGUCCAGACGAUCUUCGUAUGCGGACGAAUCGCAGCCGACCUCUUCUCAAACAUCUUCUGGCGACGGACGGAGUAGUUAUAGUAUCAAAGGACAGAGAAAGUUUAGGAAUCUGUCGAGAAACUACUCGACGAAGCAUCAUCGCAAAGUGGUGAAGUUGAAUGGCACCAACUCGAGAUCGACUUCAGUGUAAGGAGUUUGAGACACGUCAUCAAGUAUUUUUAUAAUAUUAUUCAGAAGUCAUCAUGUCGACGACGCCCUCAUCCCCUCGAUCAUCCGAACAAUCUCCCGGCGAAGUCCCCGUCUGUUCAGAAAAGAGAAAGGCGAGAAGAAGCACUCGAUGAUCCUGGCGAAUCCGUCGACGCAAUCGCCGCAAGAAUACCGUCGCGUCUCGAUGCCGGUGCGUCAGACGAACUCGCAAACCGAAACCGAAACGAUAUCGGCGUCGCGGGACGCGGAGUUUCCGGCGAUGACGUUGAGUCGAAGUACGACGGCGAAUAGUGAGAGGAUGCGGAGAAUCGGAUUGACAAUCUCUUCGUUUUGCAGGCGCCGAACUUCUCGCAUCUCCGGACUGCGUCGCGAUUCCUCUCAUCACAGAAACGGUGUUGGAAGCGGUUCAGGAGUCCUUGGAGACUAGAGACGCUCAGCCGACUGUCAGUUUCGCGCUGACAGUCCGGGAGAUGGAGGGCAAUGCGCUGAACAAUCUGAAGGGCGGGAGUGCAGAGUCGAGUAGGAGGGUGUCUCAGGCAGAAGCGCCGCUCGCUGUGAAGAUAUUGACGAGGCCUAGUCUGCCGAGUAAGUUCCCUCAGAUUACCCUCUUCUGUACUAUCCAAUUUAAUCCAGAUCUUGACCUAGCUCGAACGGACUCGAUCGGCACGACGUGCUCCUCGAAAACACGUGCCGACAGCUUGAGAUCCGUCGACUCGAAGGGCUCGAAGAAGAGCUCGCGGAAUGGGAUUGCAGUCAAGUUGGUCAAGAGGGCCAUCAAGCACGAGCAUAGUUUGAAGAGGAAGGUGGGCGGAAUUGAAAUAAGCAGUGUUUGUGUGAAGUGAGGGAUCUGCUUGCAGGUUUCAAAGGCACAACGAAAAGAGAAACGGGCCACGAAAACAUUGGGCGUGGUGGUCGGAGUGUUCCUCGUCUGCUGGGUCCCCUUCUUUGUCAUCAACAUUCUGAACGCCGUGUGCAUUCUGCUACAAAGGGACACUUGUCAGGUUGGUCCCCGACUGCCAAUAGAUCCAUAAACUAGGGUUCCCAGGUUGGCUACGAUCUCUUCUUCUACUGCACGUGGAUCGGCUACAUGAACUCGUUCAUGAAUCCGAUCAUCUACACAAUCUUCAACACCGAGUUCCGUCGCGCUUUCAAGUCGAUCCUCUUCGGUCGCAACACCACCCGAGGCCAUCAUUUCAGCAACAAACAAGCUCAUGUUUAG